AUGCCGCCACGAACUUUGGCAUCGCUAUGCCCCCGGUGUCGACCGCAACCGUUCCCCCGACUAACGACGUCUCCAUGGUUCUCUCAGAGCGCCGCCUACCGUGCCGUCACGAAGGCAAAGCCCUCACGGAUGGUUCUGUCCGAUAGCGUCUCGCAACCUCGAGGCCGUGAUGGCAAGCCGCCUCGUCGCUUCGUUGAGGGGCCUUUUGGUGGAAUGAAUCAAACAGUUGCAAGAGUUUCCCAUGCUGCGCAUCGCCCGCGCCCGUCGAAGUCGAAUGAGGCUCCGGGCAAGCCUCGCAGAAGCGACGACAGGAAUUCUGCCGACUCGAGGAAAGCUUUAAAGAUGCAGCGCGCUUUGGCUGGUGUAUCAUACGGAAAGAGAAAUCAUCUGAAGGACAAGAUGCAAGAAUAUGAGUCUUUUGACCAGUUCAACCUCCUGCCUUCGGUCAAGGCUGGCGUCCACGAGGAUCUUCUAAGGGGUAUGGUAGAUAUCAAGCCAACGCCGGUUCAGAGGCUCGCCAUCCCGGCCAUGCUAGGCCAAUCCAGUGCAUUCAAGGUCAGGGGCGAGAAGAGGCAAGACUUUCUUCUUGCUGCUGAGACAGGUUCUGGCAAGACGCUGGCGUACCUGCUUCCAGCCGUUAACGCCUUGAAGGUCGCCGAGGAGCAGAACCCCGAUAUCCAGGCAUUCAAGAAGCGGUUUGAGGAGGAGAAGGCCAGAGAAAAGGCCUCUAAAUCAAAAAAGAUGUCAACGUUUGACGAACCUCACCCUACCAUGGCCAGACCUCGCGUCGUGGUACUGGUUCCUUCAGCCGAACUCGUUGAUCAGGUUGGCCGCGUGGUUAAGACGCUCUCUCAUGCAGUCAAGUUCAAGUCCGAGAAGCUUUCCGCAAACCUCAGCGCGACGCAAAUACAGCGCAACCUCUACUCGCCUCGGGGCAUCGAUAUGGUUGUUGCGACGCCUCACCUUCUUGCCUCGAUUGCCGACUCAGACCCCAACGUUCUGUCCCAGGUUACUCAUUUGAUUGUUGACGAAGCCGACUCUCUGUUUGAUCGAAGCUUUGCGCCUGUCACCACAACAAUCGUUGACAGGGCUAUGCCGUCGCUCAAGCAGUUUGUUCUUUGUUCUGCCACAAUUCCGAAGAGGCUUGACAACUACCUCGCCAAUAACUUCCCCAACAUGACCCGUAUAACGACACCAAACCUCCACGCCAUUCCCCGUCGUGUGCAACUCGGUGUCAUUGACGUUGUCAAAGACCCCUAUCGCAACAAUAAGAACCUUGCAUGCGCCGACGCCAUUUACUCCAUCGGCCGUGAGGCCUCCAAGCACGAAGGGCCGGUUCAAGGUGAAAUUGAUGUUCGUCGUAUCAUGGUCUUCGUCAACGAGCGUGAAAAAACAACGGAGGUUGCCGAGUACCUUCGAACCAAGGGCAUCGAUGCAAUUGCGCUGAACAGAGACACCGCUGAGCAGCGUCAGUCAGAAAUGUUGUCCACUUUUACUUCAUCUGAGCCCCUGAGAUCCACGGCGCCAGAGACUCCUGUUACAGGCAAGCGAUCGUUGCCCAACACCAAGGUCAUCGUCGCAACGGACCUGGCCUCCAGAGGUAUUGAUACGCUCGCUGUCCGCCACGUUAUUCUAUACGAUGUGCCGCAUACUACCAUUGACUUUAUUCAUCGGUUGGGGCGUGCUGGACGUAUGGGACGACGUGGAAGAGGCAUCGUGCUAGUCGGAAAGGAUGACAAGAAGGAUGUGGUUUCGGAGGUUAAGGAAAGCAUGUUCAUGGGCCAAGCACUCAUCUGA